AUGAAGUCGUUUCUGAAAUGGACUGCGCUUGCAGUCGCUGCUGCAAUCCAGUCGUGCACUGCUCAGACUUAUACUGACUGCAAUCCGACCGAGAAAACAUGUCCUGCAAACGACGGCCUCGCUAGCUGGAGUUUCUACACAGACUUCACCACCGGCGCCGACUCGUUCGAUGGCUGGACUGUCAGCGCUGGAGACGUCACCAGCACCUCGCUCGGCGCCGAGUUCACCAUCAACGAGCAGGGCGACGCUCCCACCAUCGAAACCGACUUCUACAUCUUCUUCGGCUACUUCGAGGUCGUGAUGCGAGCUGCCAACGGCACCGGCAUCAUCAGCACCGCCAUCCUCGAGUCCGACGACCUCGACGAGAUCGACUGGGAACAAGUCAGCACCUUCGACAACCAAAUCCAAACCAACUACUUCGGCAAAGGCAACACAACCAGCUACGACCGCGCCACAACCAUCUCCGUGACCUCUCCCACCGAGGAAUUCCACACCUACGGCAUCAGCUGGACAGCCGAGAGCACACAGUGGUACGUCGACGGGAACCUCGUGCGAACGCUGAACUACGCCGACGCCGUCUCCGGCACAAACUACCCGCAGACGCCCAUGCGUCCGCGUAUCGGGAUCUGGGCCGGCGGCGACCCGAAUAACGGAGAGGGCACGAUCCAGUGGGCUGGCGGGGAGACGGAUUACACCCAGACGCCGUUUACGAUGUAUGUCCAGUCUGUGAGGAUUAUUAACUAUACCCCGGCGGAGUCGUAUACGUGGACGGAUAUGACGGGCUCGUGGGAAAGUAUUCGGGCGUCGAAUGAGACAGACGGAGGUGCAGUGGGUUCUAGCUCGUCUGCUGUCGUGGGAUCCAGCUCUAGCUCUAGCACUGGGCCCAGCUCUAGCCCGAGCUUCAGCUCCAGCUCCAUCUCGACCAGUAUCCCUGUUAUUCCUCAGCCGACGGGGUCUGCGCCAGGUGGCGGUGGCGCCGGUGGUGCUGGUGGUGUUGGAACUGGCAGCGCAACUGUGACUCCCAGCGGUAUUGCAUCGACAAGUGUGAUUCCGACAAUCCCUUGUACUGAUACUGGCGCUGACACUGGCGCUGGCACUGGCACUGGCACUGGCACUGGCACUGGCACUGGAACUGGCACUGGAACUGGCACUGGAACUGGCACUGGAACUGGAACUGGAACUGGAACUGGUGCUGGAACUGGUGCUGGCACUGGCGCUGGCACAGGCACAGGCACAGACACUGCUGUUCCUACCAGUAGCCCAAGUCCGACGGAGUUCUUCAGUGGUUCUCCCGGUACUGUUUCCUCGUUUUCUGGAUUCUACGCUAUUGCGUUUGCUGCGUUCGUUGCGGGUGUGCUGCAGCUCUAA